AACAAAGUCUGUUAUUCAAACACUUCUCAAAAAUCUUCCCAAAUACAUUGAUAACUGAAAUAGGUCUAUAAUUGAACAUAUUGUGUUUACUUCCAGAUUUAAAUAUUGGUGUCACUAUGCUUUCUUUAAAUUGGCGAGGAAUUACUGAGGAUUUGAAACAGAGGUUGAUAAUAUUACAAACUAUUUGCUGUAACUCUAUGUUAUCCACUGGAGUUAGAAACAUAGAGUGAGCAAUGUUGACGACAUGAAGAUCUGAUGUAUCAAGAAUUGAGUUUUGGAUGUUGCGAGAUGGGUGGCUAAUUCAAAACUCAAUCAAUCUGAAAAGACUGACAUACACAUUUUGA